AUGGGAUUGAUGGGCGGCCGAGUGGGAUGGGGCUGGAGAGUGUGGUCUGAGGAGAAGCUGGAAGGGAUUGGACCCACCCGCUUGCAGGAGAAAGCAACAGAACAGACCUCUCAUGUGACCGUUAACCCCUGCCAUUGUCUGUUUGAUACCUUCACUCUGGAUUCUGAGCCUGACAACGACGGCAGCAUGGGCAACGUGGGCAGCCGAGAAGAGAAACGGGAUUCCUUGCCGACUUCUCCAGGAGGUCUGCGUGGCAGGCGUCAGCCAGAUGGGCUGCUCCGGAAAGGAACAUCACAGCGUGGAGUUUUGGGCUACUUCCAUUGGGGCAAGCGGGACACCCGGGCUGAGAAGAAGCACCAGUCAUCUGGAGGUGGCUUGAAAAGGGACUAUGAGUGUGACCAGGAGAACCAGUCCCCCGAGCGGUAUUUCCGGGACCAUCAACAGGCAGCUGAUUUCUCCAAGAGCUCAUUGCCUGAACAUGGAUGCUUCAACAGGUGUCGGAUCAGACCCUCUGCCUUCAAGGUGGUAUCAUGGAAGAGCCUGUUUUGCAUGCCAAGGCGGUCAUCAGCCAAAGGUCAGAAGCUGCCCAAGAGCAACAGGAGCCUGACCCAGAACAGCACCAGCAGCUCCUCGCAAUGCAGCCCUCUCCGCAGUCACCUGCUGCACACCAUCAGCCUGGACGAGAGCACAAAGGCUAUCCAAAGCUUCCCCACCAACACUCCACCUUUCAAACCUGCUCCAACCCAGCUCAGUGCUUCCGUAGGCCACAAGAACCAGACUGGCCACUCCUUAGACAGGGCUUCUCGGGGGCCACACGACGCCUUGGCUGUAGACAAAACACCUCCGUCUUGCAAGAGCCUGAGCCCCCUGCCCAGCUCUGGGGAACCACACCCUCCGAAUGAACCCACAAACUCCUCGGAAGAUGUGGUGAAGGAGCUCGAGGACCGGCAGACUGAGAAGGGCAUGGAGAGCAAUCUGAGUGAGAAUGAUGAUCCCUUCACUCAGAUAUUUGAGGACAAAUGGCGUUUGUGGAUGGAUGAGCUGGAUGAACUGAAGCAGGAAAUUCAGCUACAGCUCUGCAAAGCUGAGCAGGAAGAGAAACGGCUGCAAGAAGAGCUGGACCUUCAGCAGAGGGUGCAGCACCAACAGGCACAGUUGGGGGACUCUUCCCCAACCUUGCCAGAGCGUGGCUCCCCUGUUCAUUCAUAA